AUGCUCAGCUUCAGAACCAAUGACAAUGUCACCAUCCGAUACCUGGACACGGGAAAGGGUGAUCCGAACAGGUGGGACAAGGACCCUUUGAUAUUGAUUCAUGGAUUCACGGGGUCUUCGGCCGUUUGGCAGCGCAACAUCCCCGUGCUUGCUAAGAAAUAUAGGGUCAUAGCCCCGGACUUGCGAGGCCACGGUUCAAGCGGUAAACCAAAGCAUGGAUAUCACGUUACUAGGCUGGCAAUGGAUCUGAGAGAACUUAUACUCCAUCUAACUAUAGAUGAUGCGCGGGGCGACCAUAAUGAGAUGCAGUUUAAAGCCUUGGGUGGGAGCUUGGGUUGCUCAAUCUUAUGGGCGUACUCUGAACUUUUCACCACUGUUCCGUUCACACACAUGAUGUUCGUCGAUCAGUCGCCCCUACAGAACUUUUCUCUAGAUGGCUGGGAUGCGCGCUUCUGCAACCGAGGAAUGAACGGGGCACCGGCCGUCGCAGCAUUCCAAACCGCCUUGAAACUCGCACCAGAGGCAGUACUCAAGGACGUUAUUGCCAGCUGUCUGUCAUAUCGUUCUCACCCCCUCCCCACCGAUAAUAUUUCUCCCGAAACUUUUGCCGCGGACGAAGCCUUCUUCCUCACAGAGGCAUUGAAAGGAGAUCCAGAGUGGUAUGGCAAGUUGAUGUCUGACCAUACCUCACUGGAUUGGAGGGACAGUAUCCGAGGAACUUUCGGAGAACGCAACGGCAGCCCAACGAAAGUGUUCGUAGUGGCUAGUAGUAGGAGUGGGCCUUUCCCGUCCGCGGGGCCAUUAGCUGUAGUCGAUCUCGUCAAUAAUGAUGAAGACGGACAGCUUGAUGCGAAGCUGGCGAAGGGAGUAGUAAUUGACUGGGGUGGACAUUGGUGUUACUGGGAGGAUCCGGAGAAGUUCAAUAAGCUGGCCCUGGACUUUUUUGCGGAGUAG